CACACGAGCGCCGCUGUGAGCUCUGUGUGCCUCAAGUUUGCUCCCUUGAGCUCCAGCCGAGCACUUACACGUGUGUAGCCAGACAAAGGGAGCUGAUGUGCGUGUUUUGUCCAUGAGGAAACUGUGGAUGAGGUCAGCGCGCUCUGGGAAGUGAAGAGGCUUGUGUUUGGACAGAGAUGUAUCCGCCGCACACUUGAUCUGACCACACAAAAGACGUGCUCUGAGCCGCUUACCUGUGUGAACACACCUUGGACACACACACACACACACACACACACAAGUGCUGCUGAGUGAGUUUACGUUACCGUAGCCGCAUGGGGUUUGUGAAGAAAUAACGGCUUCACGGACAACUGCUGUAGUUACGUUAGGCCUCUCCUCUAAACUCAGCCUCACCGGACACGGUCUCUCAUCCACCAGGAGAAAUGGGUCUAAUUUUCGCAAAACUGUGGAGUUUCUUUUGUAAUCAAGAACACAAGGUGAUUAUUGUGGGUCUGGACAAUGCUGGGAAAACCACUAUACUUUAUCAGUUUUUAAUGAAUGAGGUGGUGCACACAUCUCCUACAAUUGGCAGCAAUGUGGAGGAAAUAGUGGUGAAGAAAACCCACUUUCUGAUGUGGGAUAUCGGUGGUCAGGAGAGUCUUCGCUCCUCUUGGAACACAUACUACUCCAACACUGAGUUCAUCAUACUGGUAGUGGACAGUACUGACAGAGAAAGACUAGCCAUUUCUAAAGAAGAGCUCUACAAGAUGCUAGCACACGAGGAUCUGCGCAAAGCUGCAGUGUUGAUCUUUGCAAAUAAGCAGGAUAUGAAGGGUUGUAUGUCUGCAGCAGAGAUUUCCAAAUACCUGACCCUCAGCUCCAUCAAGGAUCAUCCCUGGCACAUCCAGUCCUGCUGUGCGCUCACUGGAGAAGGGCUCUGUCAAGGUUUAGAGUGGAUGACCUCGAGGGCCGGGCUCAGAUAGCCUCUUAUUCUACUUGUUGGACUGAUUGACAGUGAUUCCCACCUGCUCCGGUGGAGUCAUAGGCUCACCCCAUUGGCUGCUUAUAUUUUAUUUUUAAUCUCUUUAUCAGAAUUGCCACUCUACAUUUGAACUCUCUGGACACCUACCUCAGCUGGGAUUUAUCAGUUACAUGAAUCUGGUUUGACGGUCUUGUCGAUCAAUACUAUAUCAGGAACGACUGGAUUUUGUACUGGGUGUAUAACAGAAGAUCUUCAAAGUGUCAAGUAUUUGAACUGUAAGAGAGUCACUACAGUGCUGGUAUGAGUUUGUGAGGAGGGACUCUGCCAGUGGAACAGAUGUUCUCCAGAGAAGUGUAUUAAGCUAAUCGUGUAUGAUGUUCUUUAAAUGUACUGGGAAGAAAUUAUUUGAAGGGUCAAAAUGUAACUUUUUCACAUGAUGAAUCUUUGGGUCAAUUAUUGCCAUUGUUUGUUUUUGGUUAAGCUUUUUGGGUAUCAAGUGUUUAAAGUGCCACUGAUACCCAACAACACCACUCACUACAUAUCAUGAAAACACCUGAGCAUAUCACUUAGUGCACAUUACCUCAAUCAUUAGUUACAGCAGAGGGUGCUGUUGCCCUUUCAGAUGUGGCCAUUACAGCUUGAAACCUCAUUUAUGUGAGAUGCAGUUUAAAGAAGGACACCAGGUAUGAUUAUCGCUGCAAUAUAAAGCAGAGUGACAUCUUGUUUUUCAAGCAAAUUGAUUUUGAAAUGGCACACAUCGGAAAGCAGCAGUUGGCUGGAUUUACUGAAAUGUCUGAGUGUGUGUGUGUGUGUUUGUGAGGCCAACAUCACUGCUGGUGAACUUGCAUGUUUUUAAAUAACCAUGGAGGCAUUCUCCUUGCUGGAUUGUGGUUAAAGCAUAAAGGUCCUUCAGUUAUUAUGAGGAAAUUAUGUUCAUAUGUAGCUCAGUAUUAUGAUUUUUAGUUUUUUUUUUGUAUAAGUUUUUUUUUUCACAACCCACUUGGUGCAAAUAUUCUUUGCAGAUGAUCUUCACUGUUCAACUAGCCAUUAAAUAGCGGUGUCUGUUACUAUUUAAGUGAUUGUCUGUUCAUUCAGAUUUGUUAAUAUCUGGACAUGUUCUUUUUUUGUCUUUUUUUUUAUUUCAGGUUAUAUGGUACAAUAAGUGUGCUGCAUGAGCACUAGUUCUUAUUUGUUUGCAUGGUGAUUUUGCCAACAUGCUUUUUGGUUCUAGCUGAAACUCCUGUGUUUUCACUUACUAAUUUUGUUUUUCCAUGCUCUGUGCUCAGUUAAGAGGAAACUCUUGGAUGCAGAGACUACAAAUUGGUGCUCUCAAUGAACAGAUGUAUUUUGUUCCCAACAUGGAAAUCUGUUUGCAUAAUUGUAAUUGGCUGAUGAUCCAGGCAAAUCAACCCUAUGGACCUGUCUCUUUCUGUUUAGUAAAGAUUUUUCAUGGUGACUCUUGAGGUCAUUACCUGACUGUUGUGGAUGUGAUUUUUAAUGGUCAUUAAAAUGUCACAUGGAGACUUAAAUGAAUUUGACUGCUGUGACCAUUAACAUAAAAUGUCAUUGGUGAGAUUUAUGUUAGAUCUUUCUUUCCACAAUCACCGUCUAAAGCAGUGUGUAUCAGUGUGUGUCAUGCAUCUUUACAAACCUGAUAUGAGUUUAUAUUAGAUCAUACCAUGUUGAACAGAGGUCCUUUGGACAAAAACUAUUUAAAAGUGGAUAUGUGGCUUACCCGUCAGAAUGGGACUGAUGUGUUUCUGCCAAUGGCUCAGAAGAGUGUAAGAUUCAGUUUCAUUGCUAAAGUUGAUGGUCAAACCAUUUGGUUCUCAGAUGUGCCAUUUCUAAAUGAGCAGGUGAAUCUGUUGCAACUUUGCUAAUUCUUAUAGUUUUAUAAUAAAAGCUUUUAUUUUGAAAUCUGAAU